AUUCACAUAGUUUAAAACAUUCAUAUGUAAACAUGCGAAUAUUACGUCAGUUGGAUAAUUUUGUUUCUUUACUUCCUUGAUCGAUGAAUAAGGUUUUUUGUAUACGUAGGAUAUACGUUAUGACAUUUUAAAACUUAAACACAUUUUACUGUUGUAAUAUAGAUUCUACAGUAAUAAAUAUGGAUACUAUACGACUCAAAUUAGUUCUUGUUCUUCUUUUGGGACUUAUAACAACAAUAAGCGCUGACACUGUACAACAAAUAUACAUCAAAGACAACAAGGUACCUAUGAAAGGAGGUGAUAUACAGAUUGUAUGUGAGGUAUCACAGUUUACCAAUGAGGUUGUUAGGGUCUAUAAGACAGAUUCCAUGCCUCAAGACAUUACCAAUGCUACAUCAAUAACAGGAUGUAUUCCAUCACAGUGUUUAGGAGGAAUUAUACCAAGACAUACAUUCAGUCCUAGCAGCAGUGGUAUCACUAUUAAUGUCACCAAUCUAAAUAGAUCAAAGGACCAGAAAUAUUGGACAUGUGCAAUCAACAACCAGAGACAAAACUUGUACCUUACUGUUCACACAUCCUUUCAGUAUAUCUAUGGUUUUAAACAAACUUGUUUUUUUUAUAGAAUUAAACAACAUGUUUAUUGUCUUUUAAGAUACUACAUAAUUAAUUUUUUCAUUCCAGCAAUUACUCCAUCACUACAGUAUGAUAAUCCGCCAAGCCAGAAUCAAGACUUAGUUCAAACUUCAGUUACUUUUAGCUGUAGUACAGGAUGUGCAUAUCCUGCACCAAACUUUGUAUGGUAUUAUAAUAAGACUGGUGGAUCACGUCAAGAAUGGUCAACAACAUCACCUUUGACAGAUAGAACUAGUGGUUGCACUGACUAUGAGAAAAUAUAUACAUCUACAUUAACUCUACCAAGAAACACACAGUUUAUUGACAAUACAGAUACUACUGUAAAGUUUCAGUGUGGUGCUAUAUCAAUAACUGGUGAUCAGCGUUUUACUCCUGCAUCUGUAGAUGUCAGAUUUGCAGUACGUGUUUCAACAGUGACAUUGAAAGAUGGUAAUUCAGUUCCAUCAAAUCUAUUAGAAGUAAACAGUGGGGAACCUCAUACAUUGACAUGUACAUCUAGUGUCAGCAGACCAACAGCAACUAUCAUCUGGUAUUUUGGAGGCCAGAAAAGCAAAACUGAAAUAACAAGGACAUCUUCCUUUAUAUUCACUCCAGAAUAUUCUGAUAAUCAGAAACAAGUUUACUGUAAAGCAUUUAAUAUACAGUCAGAAAGCCAAGCUGUGUCUUCAAACAUUGUGUCACUUUAUGUAAAAGUGAAGGUAGCUAAUGUUACACUAAAGGAUGGCAACACAAUAUCAUCAGGAACACUAGAAGUAACGAAUGAUGUAAAUAAAACAUUGACAUGUACAGCAAGUGAAAGCAGACCUACGGCCACAAUUAUCUGGUAUAUAGGAGACGAUAAGAAGAAAUCAGAAACUGUCAAACUGUCUACAUUUACAUUUACACCAGUUAUCUCCGACCAUAACAAACAAGUUUAUUGUAAAGCUUCACAGUCAGGAAAUCCAGAUGUUUUUUCAAACAGAAUAACUCUUUAUGUUAAAGUUUUAGCUAUGACUCCUACAAUCACAGAUCUGACAACAGAAAAGUUAGAAGGAGAUCAAAUAAAAUAUCAGUGCACUUCAUCUCAAACACGGCCUAUCGCUAUAGUUACAUGGAAGCUGGGAAAUCAAAUACUGACUGAUGUGCAAAAUAGAGAACAAAGUCAUGAUAAUGAUCUUAAAUCUGUUACAAGUAUUGUAACAUUUACUGCCAACAGAACUGAUAACAACAAAACAAUUUAUUGUGAAACUGCAAUACCUGAACAAAGUUUAGUGAAGGCUCAAGAAAAGAUGACUGUAUAUUGGCCUCCAUCACAGCCUCGAAUUAUGAAUGCUAGUUUUCCAUUCCUAGAAGGACAAACAGGAAAGAGAAUUUAUUGUUCCUCAUCUGAUUAUGGUAAUCCUACAGCUACAGCAACAUGGACCACACAAUAUGGAACACCUGAUAGUGCUGAUACAAGGAAACUAAGUUUACCUAAACUAACAUAUCAAGUUGAUAGAAGUCCAGUAAAUUGUCAGUUGAAGAAUUUAUUUACACAGAGGAAAGGUCUUCAGAUCCAGUCCAUACAAGCUCUAUUACAAGUAGAAUAUUCUCCGAGAAUUCAGAUACUGGUGGAUGGGAAGCAAGUCAAUACAAUAACAAAUGAUGAGGGUCAAUUUUUGUCUGCAACAUGCUAUGCAACUGGUAACCCUAACCCAGUUGUAAACUGGGCAGUAGGACAACAGUCUAGAGGUCCUACUUUGUCAUUUGAUGAUACAGAUAGAACAGAUCAUGGGGAAUACACAUGUAAAGCUACAGCAACAUCAACGCAUUAUCCAAGUCAUAACUUUAUUACAGAAGAAGAAUUAAAUGUCAUUGUUAACUAUGCUCCAGAUAUCACUGUAUCUGUAAGUAGCCGGAAUCCAACUGAGAACAACAUCUUAACAGUUAAAUGUGAACCUAAAGGAAGGCCUGCAUAUUAUCAUAUCUCGUCAAUUGUACAUAAAUGGGGAGAUGUGGUUAUAUCUAAAGUACAAAAUCCAACCAAUGGUGUCAUAGAAGUACAAAAUGCUCAACUUCAAGAUAGUGGUACAUAUAUUUGUGUUGCAAAUAAUGGCAUUCGUGACAGGAACCAGAAGCUUGAUCAAAGUGGAAACAACACUGUUAAAGUUAAAGUUUCACCAAAGUUGCUUUUAAAAAUUGGCGACAGAAUAUUUGCUGGAGCACCUAUGAGCACAGUAAAUAUUACAGCACCAUUUUACAGUGACCCACCUCCUCAAACUUUGCGAUUUAAAUUCCAAAAUGGAACUCUGAUAACAAACUCUAGCAAACAUACAGUGUCAUUCUUUAAAGGAAACGUCAAGGACACGUUUUAUGGAAAAGAAGUGGAGCUAGACGGGUACUUUGCUCAGCUUCAGAUAAAGAAUGAGGAAGAAUCAGAUUUUAUUAACUACAUCUUGGUCAUUGAUAAUGGGAUUGGAUCUUAUAAGUCAUGGAUUUUGAAACAUGUCUCCCAAAGUAAGCCGUCAAUUCCUAAAUAUUUCAAUUUCACCGGCCUCAAAGAUGGAAUACCAACGUUUCGUUUAGUCGGCAAUUUCAACGGAGGACUUCUCCAAACAUUUAUUAUAGAAACAACUGAAGUUGGAAAGGACAACUGGGUUGAGAGACUUAAAUUUAAUGAAACUGAUACAGCAUUUCUUCAGGCAAAGAAACUUACCUUUACUUUCAACAUAAGCGGAUUGCAUCCUAAUGUAUAUGAUGCUAGAGUACGCACUGGGAAUGAUAUUGGCUGGAUAAAUGAAGCAGAUGCACUUGCUAUCCAGUUUACAAUAACAGGGAAAGAGGCAGAAUGUGAUUCAAGCUGCGUUAGUACUACUAACAUUCAAGCCAUAGUCGUAGGAAUUGUUCUUGGAUUCAUUAACCUGAUACUACUGACGUAUGCGGGUUACGUUACACUGUUACUAAAACGGAAAGGCGGAAAAAUACAGGAAAAUGCAUCAUGCAGGACAGUUACCAAUGUUCCAGUUUACACAAAUAUAGUGUACUCAACAAAUGAAAGUGAUGAACAACAGCAAACAGAUCUUGAUGAUUCAGGAGAUUGUCAAUACACAUCACUGAAGAAUAGGUUACAAGAUGAUAAGCAAACGUAUGAUGUAUUAGGCGUAGUGUCUUAGACAAGUCUUGGUUUUGACAGAACUAUAUACAAUUAUAUUUUUUGAAAAUAGUGCUUAACUCUAUAGUGUAAAGAGUUGUACCUUGUUUAUAAUUGACGUACUUUUUAACGCUCAAUUAUUUACUUAUAAGUCACGUCUAAAAAAGAUGAAAUUAAGUUGUUAUUAAAGAAGAGAUAAGAUAUACUACUGAAUAAAAUAUAACCAGCUA